AUGCGUGCUUUCCUAGAAACCAAGUAUGUUAGCAAGAGCAUAUUUGAAUGUUUUGCAAAGUUCUUUAUGAGGGAGCGAGUUGAUCUCAACAAUAAUGGUCUUUGUAUCGAGUCUAGUGGUAGAAUAUUAAAAAAUGGAAAAUGGGUGAAACGUUACUUAGUUUGCAAGAAACCAACAGAUCUUAGCGUUGCAAUCCUGUAUGUUUACAAAUCAAAGAAGCAACGACUAAACAACAAUUCCAAGACUUCGCUUGUUCUUCAAAAUUAUGUUGGAUUUGAAAGUGGUUUUGAAUUGAAAAAAUGUACUCAAACUAUUGCUUUACUAACUCUUGAGGAUAUCGUUGUGAUUUCCUUUAGUCUUCCGGAAAGUCUUGUCGUUUGGGAAACGUGGUUGAAGUCAACAUGUGGAUCAAACACGUGCUUUUACAUGCAGCUUCAACAUGCCCCACAAAGACCGGAGUUCAGCCCGGUUUUAUUCAAGGAAGUUCGAUGUCAUCUACAUGAUUCACGUCUAGCGGUUGUUCAUGGUAGACCACCAAAACUUCUUCUCUUCUGCGAUAUUCAUAGUACUAAAAUUAAUGUGGAUACAAAUAAUAUGAUCACUAUUCAAUCCAAUCAAUCAACUACCGAUGAUGAAUGCUUUGUAUUUAUGUGCGCACGUAGUGAAACAUUUCAACGAAUGCUUUCAAAAGCUAUGAUGGAGAGAGGCCUACAUCGAUAUCUCAGCAAAAAGAGUUCGGAAGGCGAUUGGAUGCCCGAAUUUGUGGUCCCGAAACGAAAGGAUCAAGCGGAUACAGAGUCACAGUUUUCGCAUACGCUCAGCGGACUUUUCAACUUCUUCAAUCUAGAAUCUGCAAGAGGUUCAAGAAAAAUUAAUCUGGAUAAGGAAAAAUCAAAAUCCGGAUUUCAUGUCGGGGGGUCGGCUUUCGCUAAGAACCAAAGUAAUCUUGCCAGGGCCAAUUCUUUGGCAUUUUACCAUAAUACGAAACCUUCUCCUGGGAGAGAUGAGCCGACAGUUAACUACGUUAAUAUCAGUCGACACAGCAUCUCAAAGCCCACACUCGAUCGUGAACGAGGAGGCUCGGAGAGGGAACGAUUGUACACAUCAUCAAGGAAAACGAGUCGUUUCGAACCAUCAUUUACGUCUUAUGAGAACUAUCAAAAUCAAGACAGUAUACUAGAAAACCAGAAAGCUAAUGUCACCUACCGUAAAAGUUUGCCAAAUUAUAUCAACGCGCAGCAAGCCUCCUUUGGAAGAAAAGGAAAUGAAGAGAACAAACAGUUUACGAGAUCACCGAACAAUGGGUAUAGAAGGAAAUCGGAGCUGGCGCUAAUGCAUGCAAUGGAUAAACCUUCAACAAGUAAAGGACGAUCUGUUGGAGAUUUGAAGGCAGCGAGACUGGAGGAAUCUCGUUACGAGAAUUGGAGAAAAGCAAAGAAAUUUAUCUCAUCAUUCAAACCAAAAUCACAAUCAGAUUUGAAUCAGCGAAACAGAAUGAACCGUAUCAGCCUUGUGAAAUCGUCAAGCACUGGCGCUCUUCAAUUCGCUUCCUCUACUCCAUAUUACAAUGAAGCAGGAGGAGAUACUUCGGGCUCAAUAACAGACUUCGACGAACCACCUCCUUCCUUGGAUCUCGUAGUAUGUGAGCCUACAGGGCUUCAAAAGGAGUUCGAAGACAGUCCUCCAGAAGGACUAGUACGACCCAGGGAAGACAUCCAGAUAAAACCAAGGGCAGGUGUAAGUGCUGUAUUGGCUCGAAGGUUGGCUGCCUCAGUGACAGGAUCAUUUUCGAAGUACGACGGUGAACGUGCUACACAUCACUAUCAAGGUGGUCCAGCUGAAUCCGUUAAAGCUGCAUCGCCACCUAUGCUGGAAGCGCUGGAUGGAAUAGAAGCUGCAGUUUACCGUGGUCAAGAUCGGUUGAAAGAAAGCGACAGAAGAGCGUCAAAUGUUUCAUUUCAUAAGGUACUACCGAUGCCUAUCAAACAACCGAAACAGAAAAAGUCAUCAGUGAGCAUAAAUCAAACGUCAGUAGUUCAUAUAACGUCGCCACGGAAUUCGACGUCAUAUUCUGAAAGUACAAGAUCAUCCAGCGAAUCGCUUUCAUCUGAUGCUCGUUCUCGAAUCUCAUUCCGAAAACGAACAAAUUCUCCACCAAAAGUUUCGGCACCGAUACUUCUACCACGGCAGCCCAGUUCGCACACAUUAUUACAAGCGAGCACUUCCGGUGAUUCUUUGGAAUCGGAACGAACAGCCAGAACCACUUCACCAUCACUUUCUAGACGAUAUUCAAGGCCAGAUACCAGUGUGCAUUCGUUGCAAAGCACGAACAGUUGUCGUCGUGUGGAUUACUGUGAUGUAGCAUUACCAGCGGUCGCAAAUUCCUCCUCUAGUUCGAAUUCGAUCAAUUCGAGAGUCGAAUAUGUUACUAUAGAUCCGGUGUCAACCACAGCAGCAAGAGAGGCAUCUAGCAUGCAUUUAUCUCCAUUCGAGAGGUCUCGAGCAAUGUCAGCAUCUAUGACUGGAGUUCCUAUCCUGAGGAGAAGAUCACAGGGCCAAUCCAGUACCUCGGAUUCGCUAUCGCUUGGACAACCAACACGACAAGGAUUCUUCAGAAAAUACAGAAAAAUGCGACGUGAUAAAAAGAAUGCAUCAUGUUCAAUGUCACAAUUGAACCUGUAA